CAUCAUUGUGUACAGAAAUAGAAGAAAGGCAAAAUGUAAAUGGCAAUAGGACAAGUUAGAAUAACGACGUAUUGGACCAUUUCCAUCCAAAACGUCUUAGCUCUUAGUUCUAUUUGCUUCUUCUAACUCAGUGUGUUCGUGAAAUAUGCAGUGAACUAUUAACAUAAAACAAAGCUGUCCUGUUACCGCUAACAUUUAAGCAAGAAGUCAUUGUCACUGAAAUAAAAGCUGUUCUCAAAAACAAUAAAACUACAAAGGAAUCCAAAUCAACUAUGGAUAAAUGUGUUUAGUUGAUAAAAUGUCGAAAAACAUUGAAGAACAUCUUCCAAGUAAAGAAUUCAGUCUCAAUUCACUGUUCUGGGAAAAACUGAACUGUGAAAGUCUACAUAAUAAGCCACUAGCCCUGUGAAACAGAAUCUGAACAAAAAAUGGGUUUCUUUCAUCAACUUAGACUCCUGCUAUGGAAGAAUUUCACUCUGAAAAAGCGGAGUCCACUUGUGGUCAUGUUUGAGAUGUUCAUCCCACUUGUGCUCUUUGUCAUCUUGUUGCUCAUCAGGAAAAAAUUGCCAGCCACCAAAAUGCCUAUUGCUCAAUAUCAUGCAAGAGCCUUGCCUUCUACUGGAUUGCUCUCCCUUAUUCAAAUUUUCUGUGAAGGUGAAGGGGAAAUAGAUCAACAUGGGUUUCUAAACUUUUCUAGCGAAAAUCAACUAGGACGCCUCCUAGAACAGUUACAAGUGGUAGCAGAAGAUCAUGAUUUCUUCAGACCUGGCAUGUCUCCACAGGAAAUGGAUGAGCUUCCUGAAACCUAUCAGGCAGUUAUUGAUGAUUCUGCUUUUAUGAUAAGCGCCCUCAAAAAUGCUUCAGAUAUCAGUUUCAGCAGUGUCCUGCAGGAUAGGGACAGAUUUUCCCAUUUCUUGAUCUCACAUUUGAAUCUCACUUUGGAAGAGGCAGAAGAUUUUAUCAACUCUACAGUACACGUGAAGGAAAUAUAUCAUUAUCUCUUUGGUGGACAACUGAGCCAGAAGCUGCACAUCACACGUUUGCGUAGGAGCCUUAAUGCUAAAUUUUCUUCUAUCACAAAUAACAAUUUAUCAUCAGCAAUAAUAGAGGAGCAAAUACAGAUGCUUCUUAAUUCUUACCAUCCUGAUAAUUUUGGCUUCUUAGAUAUGGUCUUAAUUUUUCAACAAAUGCUAUCUUCUGCACAAGGGAAUACAGAUUAUGUCAUGAAAGACAUCUUACCAAUAUUGACUACCAUAAUGAACAAGAAUAACACGCAGAGUCUAAAUCAGAUGCUCCUUAAGCUUUUGCUCAGCUCCAGUGAUGAUUCAGUGGAGAAUUUAAAAACCUUAAUGGAACUGCUGUCAUUCAUACGAAAUUACAAUGAGAGCAUAAUUAUCCCUCCUGAAGACAUAGUCUUUGGGUUGAAGAGUCUCUUGAACUCUACAGACUUGUUAAGAGAAAUUCUGUGUGACAAUGAGACAUUUGUUAAUGUUCUUGUACCAGAGAAUCAGAACAGCCAGCUGAGGGCAAAACUACAGCAUAAUUUAUGUCUCCUCAACAAAACUCAACUGGAGGAUCUCUCCAAAGAGCUGUUUUACCAACUCAACACUGAAAAUAUGAUUCAACUGAUGAAUAUCAAACAAGUCAAUUUAACAGCCACUGCCAUCAAAGUGGAUAUCUUUCUCAACAAACUGACCAAGUUUAUAAAGUUUCAAAGAGAGCUUGACGAAAUAGCCAAGUUGAUCUCUUUAUUGCCAUUUGACGAGAAUGGCACAGACUCAGAGAGCUUCAACACCAGCACCACCUGGCAAGGCAACACAACAGAUCCUGAUUCAGAUCAGGUGCCAGGGGAUCGUAAAAAAAGUGGCUGGAUGAAAAUGUGGGAUUUCCUGCAUCGGGCUGUUUGUGGUAAGAAAGCCCGCAUUGUAACUACAACCAUAGCACCGCAGACCAAAGCUAAGGGAGAUAAGCAUCAUGACAAACAAAAUGACAAGCCGAAAGUAGAUGAAGAUUUCCUUGGUAUGACUCAGGCUCAGAAAGAUAAGCUCAGUAUUAUUCAACACUAUCUAUACUACAACCCCACAGUCUUGUAUGCCCCCAAUAACUCAGCAGCUGACAGGAUUAUUGACAAAGCAAACACUACUAUAGCAUUUAUUGACUUGAUCAGCACCUAUGCGUCUGAAUGGCUGAAUAUGUCACAAAGGCUACAUGCUUAUCUCCAAGAAGAAAAGACAGCUCGUAACCUUGACCUUGUUAAAAAGAUGCAAGAUGACAUUCAGCAUCACAACAGCUUUGUAUCCUGGCUCUUCCACCUGACCCACCUGUCUCCCUACCUGCAUGUUGACAUCCACAACAGCCAAUUCUAUGAGCACCAACUGAAUCUGGUGGACAGAACUGCUCAUGGGUGGUUGAACUUAAUGAAAGGAAUCAAUUUAAACAUUUUCCGUGGUUUUGCAACCGAAGAAGAUAUGCUCAACUAUUUCACCACCCAAGCUUUCAAGGACAAUGCCAGUAUUAUUGCAGGUGUUGUGUUCCAAGACCUACUGGAUGAUGGUACUAUCCCACCACAUCUCCGCUACAAAAUACGCCAGAAUGCCACUUACUUGCCAUCCACGAAACAAGUCCGAAAGCCAACUUGGGUGCCGGGACCUGGGCGUAAUUUUUUCCCAUACUAUCAAUUUGGCUUUGUGUGGGUACAGGAUAUGAUUGAAAGAGCUGUGAUUGACCUACAAGUUGGGCGUGAUGUGGUUGAGCCUGGAUCUUACAUUCAGCAGUUUCCUUAUCCCUGUUAUGUCUGGGAUCAGUUUAUGUUUAUGAUAGAGCAUGUAAUGCCCCUGUGCCUGACCUUCAGCUGGGUCUAUACUGUAGCCAUGUUGGUUCAGAGUAUUGUCUAUGAGAAGGAACAGCGGCUUAAAGAGGUGAUGAAGAUGAUGGGCCUGAGCAACGCCGUCCACUGGUGUGCCUGGUUCGUCACCACCUUUGUCCAAAUGACCAUGUCAGUCAUCCUAUUGACUGCGUUGCUAAAACUGGGCAACGUCCUGCCUCACAGCAACACUCUAAUUGUCUUUCUUGUUCUAGAAGUCUACAUUUGUGCCAUUAUUUCUUUCUCCUUCCUGAUUAGUGUUCUGUACUCCAAGGCCAAGGUCGCAGCAGCCUGUGCAGGAAUUAUCUAUUUCCUGUCCUAUGUCCCGUACAUGUACAUUGCCAUAAAGGAGGACAUUGCUGGGGACAAUAUUUCUGGUGUAUGGAAAAGUAUGGCAUCAAUGUUUUCUACCACUGCGUUUGGCCUCGGUGCCAAAUAUUUUGCUUUUUAUGAAGAAAUGGGAGUGGGAGUUCAGUGGCAUAACAUCUACGUCUCCCCCGCUGAACAUGAUGAGUUCAAUCUUUUCAUGGUAACCAUGAUGAUGGUGCUGGACUGCUUCCUGUAUGCCAUCUUAGUCUGGUACAUUGAGCAUGUUCACCCAGGUUCUUAUGGGCUGCCAAAACCUUGGUACUUUCCUUUCAUGAAGUCCUACUGGUGUGGCUGGGGCAACAAACAUGUGGAGCACUGUGGGAAUCCAUUCGCCCACUGCUGGCCUGGAGCAACUGAUAGUUUUUCCACAAUGGAAGAAGAUCAAGCUUGUGCAAUGGCUCAUCACAGAUUGGAAAACUCCCAGAGGUUUGAACCAGAUCCUGUUCAUUUGCCUUUAGGAGUCUCCAUUGAUAACCUAUCCAAAGUUUACAAAGGAGCCAAGAAGACGGCUGUGAAGAACUUGAGUCUGAAUUUGUACGAAGGACAGAUCACAUCAUUCCUGGGGCACAAUGGGGCUGGUAAAACUACUACAAUGUCCAUGCUGACUGGUCUUAUCCCUCCCACGGCAGGGACUGCAUCCAUUUAUGGCCAGGACAUCAGGACAGAUAUGGACAUUAUCAGACAGAGUCUAGGAAUGUGCCCUCAGCACAAUGUCCUGUUUGACAAAUUCACAGUGGAAGAACACUUGUGGUUUUUUGCUCAACUAAAAGGAAUGAAAGCAGCAGACAUCCAGAGUGAAACUGACAAAAUGAUUGGAGACCUUGGCUUGCCAGACAAGAGACAUGUACUUGUGGAUUGCUUAUCAGGAGGAAUGCAGAGAAAACUCUCUGUAGCCAUUGCUUUUGUAGGAGGGUCAAGGACGGUUAUAUUAGAUGAGCCAACUGCAGGAGUUGACCCAUAUGCCAGGAGAGCAAUUUGGGAUCUUUUAGUCAAGUUUAAAAAAGGUAGAACCAUACUUCUGUCCACCCAUCACAUGGAUGAAGCAGACUUCCUUGGGGACAGAAUAGCCAUCAUUUCCAACGGUCAUCUCAAGUGCUGUGGCUCGUCCAUAUUUCUGAAGAACACCAUUGGCGAUGGUUACCACCUGACUUUUUCAAAGACUGAGAUGGUGGUGACUGAGCGAGGGGAUGAUGAGGCUGAGGCGCCUAAAGGUCAACCAUUGCCAGUGUCAGCCUGCAAAGAAUCCCAAGUAACAUCAUUCAUUCAGAAAUAUGUCUCCAGUGCCUACUUGGUCUCUGAAAAUCCCAGAGAGUUGAGCUAUGUUCUGCCCUUUGAUGAGGUCAAGAAAGGUGGAUUUGAAAAACUAUUCAGUAACCUUGACACAGCAUUGGAACAACUGAAGGUCAGUAGCUAUGGUGUGAUGGACACAAACCUGGAAGAAAUUUUUCUCAAAGUUACAGAAGCUGCUUUCUUGGAAGAAGAAGUAUCAGGAGAAUCCAAGGAUAAUGACAUCUCUCGGAGUGGCACCAAUCCAGUCUCCAUUCUUGCACCAGCAGCUUCCAACAGUGAAUCUCUGAGGAACCUUCUUCAUCUGGACAGAUCCAGCUCCUGCCAGGAGCCAGAAGACCAACACGAGCAAGUAGAGAUGCAGGGCGGAGCAGCGAGAUCCUCAAGUGUCAUCUUAGAAGAUUUUAGUGGCGAGUUUGCUGGUGGGGAUCUGAAUAUGAUCAACUUGGCCUCAGCCGGGGAUGGAGAGACUCUAACAAGGCAAUCCCUAAAAGAAACACCAAGAAUACUGUUAGAAGGAAGAGGAGGUCACAUGAUGCACCCAAAACUAUUGCUAUUCAAUCAUUUUAAGGCAGUGAUCAUCAAGAGGUUUCACUACAUCACCAGGAACUGGAGGAGUCUGUUCUCUCAGAUCAUUCUCCCCGCCAUUUUUGUAGCCAUUGCCAUGACAGUGGCCUUGGCUGCUCCCUCUGUGGAUGAUUUGCCUCCCCUAGAGCUUAGCCCUGUUCAGUACACCAAUGUCUCGCUGCCUCAUGGAAACUUUAUACCUUUCACCAAUGAACGUUUAAGCCGUCCUUCCAGUGUGAACCCUUUGGAUGCUGAUGCCUACAGACUUCAAGCCAGCCUGACUCUCCCUUCAGGAGUAGGCAGCAGCUGUCUGCUGCAGUUUCCAAACAUCUCCAGCAAUUUCAGCACUGAAUGGUCAGAUUUUGAGCACUCUUGUCAGUGGUUGGUUGACAAGUACAGGCAGAUGCAUGCUGAGCCCAACUUUUACUACUUCGACCAUUGGAACUUUAGCAUUCCUUAUACAGAUUCCCCAUCAUACUCUAAAGUUCACCUUUAUCCAAGCAACUGCAACUGUAAGGAAGACGGCACUGGGUUUGAAUGUGAAAGAGACACUUACGAAAAGCCUCCACACUGGCGGGCAAUAACACUGGACACAAUGAACAAUAUCACUGGUCAGAAGAUGCAGGAUUAUCUCUUGUACACUACUUAUGAUAUGGAGAUGCACAGAUAUGGUGCUCUAUCAUUUGGUUUAGUGAAGCACUACGUACCAGAAAACUUUGGAAUCAAUGCUCCCACUCUGUUUAAAAAACUGGCUGUCAGGAAUGUUGCUACUAUGUGGUUCAACCAUAAAGGCUACCAUGCCAUGGGAGUCUAUCUGAAUGUCCUGAACAAUGCUAUACUGAGGGCCAACCUUCCAGAGAGUAAAGGAAACCCUGCAGCAUACGGCAUCACGCUCUUUAACCACCCUUGGAAUGAAACCAAUAGUCAGUUAUCUUCCCUUGAUUACAUACUUGAGGGUUCUGAUGUCCUUAUUUCCAUCUUCAUCAUUGCUGCCAUGUCCUUUGUUCCUGCUAGCUUUGUGGUUUUUCUUGUGUAUGAGAGAUCAACAAAGUCCAAACACCUACAGUUUGUCACAGGCCUGAACCCUGUCAUGUACUGGAUCGGAAACUAUGUCUGGGAUAUGGCCAACUAUGUGAUUCCAGCAUUUAUGUGCAUCAUGAUACUCCUGAUAUUUCAAAUUCCAGCGUAUGUCUCUUCUAGUAAUCUACCAGCAGUGGUGGCUUUAUUCCUAAUGUAUGGAUGGUCCAUGACUCCACUCAUGUACCCAGCCUCUUUCUGGUUCAAAGAACCCAGCACUGCCUACAUUGCUCUGAUUGUGAUCAACCUCUUCACUGGCAUCACUUGUAUAGUCUGCAGCUUCCUGUUGGAGAUUUUCUCCUAUGAUCAUGACUUGGAAAGAGUUCAUAAUGUAUUGAAAGUUGCUUUUAUGAUGUUCCCCAACUAUUGCCUUGGUCGAGGCCUGAUGGAGCUGGCCUUUAAUGAAUACAAGAAUGAGUACUACUUUAAAACAGGUCAAUUUCAUAAGAUCAGAUCAGCAAUGGAAUGGGAUCUGAUACCCUGCCAUCUGGUUGCCAUGGCAAGCAUCGGUCUGAUCUUCUUCAUCAUCACAUUGAUGUGUGAGUACAGGUUCUUCAUGCGGCCAAGGCAAGGUAAAGUCACCCACUCAUCACUUGCUGGAGAAGAUAAAGAUGUGGCAACAGAGAGAAAAAGGGUUCUCAAAGGAAAUGGAAAAUAUGAUGCUCUUGUGCUGGAAAACCUGACAAAAGUGUAUAAAACUCGAAAGUUAGGUCGCCAGCUGGCAGUGGACAGGGUCUGUCUUGGGGUGCCUCCUGGUGAAUGCUUUGGCCUGUUAGGUGUGAAUGGUGCUGGCAAGACGACAACAUUUAAAAUGCUUACAGGAGACCUGGAGCCCACGUCUGGCAAUGCUUAUCUCAAUGGAUAUAGCAUUUUGAAAGAUCUAAAGAAAGUGCAACAGAGUAUUGGUUACUGCCCUCAGUUUGAUUCUUUGUAUGAUGAACUGACAGCCAGAGAACACCUUCAACUGUACUGCAGGAUAAGAGGGAUACCACCUAGUGAUGAAACAAUGGUGGUGGAGUGGGCCAUUAACAAACUUGGACUGACCAAGAUUGCAGACCGUUUGUCUGGAACUUACAGCGGUGGCAACAAGAGAAAGUUGUCUACUGCCAUUGCUCUAAUUGGGCACCCUCCAAUCAUUUUUAUGGAUGAACCAACCACAGGAAUGGACCCACAUUCGAGAAGAUUUCUUUGGGACCUUAUACUUGGUCUUGUACAGGAUGGACGAUCUGUUAUUUUAACUUCACAUAGCAUGGAAGAAUGUGAAGCCUUAUGUUCACGUAUGGCAAUUAUGGUCAAUGGAACAUUUAAGUGCCUGGGCAGUGCCACACAUCUGAAGAACAGGUUUGGAGAUGGCUACACAUUUACUAUACGUGUUAAAGGCCCUAACUACGAGAGGUCACGUAGAGAUGUGCUACGAUUUGUCCAGAGAAACAUUCCACAUGCUGAAUUAAAGGAAGAACAUUACAACAUAGUGCAAUAUGAACUGAAGACUAAGCCAGUGUCUCUGUCCCUGUUGUUCUCCAAGCUGGAGGAAGCCGAGUCCAACUUGGAUAUAGAGGACUACUCUGUUAGUCAAAACACAUUAGAUAAUGUGUUUAUCAAUUUUGUCCAGCAACAGAGCGAGUUGGUCCAUGAGGAAUCACAGGGCAGCUACACCAGGCCAUUGACUUCUUUACUCAGAACCAGAGCCUCAGGCAUACAAAGCGAGGCUGAUGAGCAACUUCUGACCUCUGUCAACCAAUCUGACGAUAGCUUGGAUCUUAGUGAUGAUGACAUCUUGCUAACUCUGGACAGUAUCGAUGGAAAUCGUCUCACCCUUAUGCCUCUGUAACAUUGAAAUAUGUCAACAUAAAAGUCAAGGACAUUCAGUAAGCUACAGAAAAAAAAAUGUUUUUAUUCUGAUCUCAGUAUUACUUGUGCUGCACAAAGUGGCAAUAAUAAAAGACAUUCUGUGACUGUUUACCAGAUGAUCUUCAAAAUGUUGUACCAAAAUGUGGAGAUAUUGUUUAUCUUCUGUUUGCUUUCAUUCCGGAACCAGAUACAAUAUCUGACUGACUAGAACCUAGUUUGCAUUUUUCAGAUCAAGUUAAGCAUGCAGAGAAAUGGUUUCUAUUGUAGUCCUCAUAUUUAUUUCCUUUGCUAUUGUGGCCAGCAUUUUUUUUAAAAUAAUAAUAGUGUUGUUUUUUUUCAAAAGAAUUUAUAGUUAAUUAUUGGCCAGUCACUGAGAAGCUUUUUGAAACGGAGCAACUUAUAACAAUUAAAAGUGAAAGCAUUCUUGUCCUAUUGCUAAAAUGAUAAUUCAAUUAAUGAAGUGACCAUGACCCUAUGACUUGUGUCAUCCAGAAAAAAAAAAACCAUGACAACCUGAUACAUCAUACAUGACAAGCAACAUUUGUUAAAAAAGGUAGAAGUACAAACUAAGAAACUAAUCCUCUUGAGCUAGUUUCUGUGAACUGAAAAUCAAAAACUUUCAGUGUCUGAAUCUUUAAAAAAAAAUGUUUAUUCAGUCUAAAGCAGCUUUGUUGAUUGCUUCUAGUACCUCUCAACAAGAGAUUAUAAAACUAGUAUUAGUGAAAUGUCAUUGGGGAAUGGAGGUCAUUCCCAAUAUUACCUUAGCAAUACAUUUUUUUUUUUAUAUUUCCAAUGAGAUAUGUUUGUAGUCAUUGAGACGUUUGGACUUCAACCAUCAAGCAAUGCCUUUGAUAAAAUGUUUACAAAUUUACUGCCUUUUUUUUGUUUCUAAAAAAAGAAAUUAAAAUUUCAAAAUGUCUUUAAAUAUUUUGAAAAGGUGAAUGAAUACUUAUAUGGAUUUAUAUUUGAGAUAUGCCUUGGGUAUAAAAAAUAUCUAAAUUUGGUCAUCAGAAGAUGACUUUGUCUUUUAUUAAAUAUAUAAAACAUGUCUUUCACUAAGGAUUUUUAUAUCAUGAAAACUAAAGAUAGAACUCAUUUCUUCUAACACUUUUGCCCUUCCCCUACUUGUUUUAGCAAAAUCAGUCUGAAGAUGAAAAAAAAGGAAACAUUUGCUACAAAAUUUUAAUUAUUUCUGGCUAAACCACAUUAUUUAUGAUUGUGUAACACUACACCAAUAAGAUAGGCAAUAAUUUUUAUAUCAAUUAUGAUAAUUUUGAUUCAAAUGAGGUGACGGCAAUUAUGAUUAAAAAGCUUAACAUUGUAGGAACAAAAUUACCUUACAAUUGAACCUGUGAUUACAAAUAAAAAAAUUGUCUGCACAAUUUGAAGUGAAACACAAAAAUUAUGGCUUUCCAAUGUCUACAUCCUCCCGAGAGUAAGAAGUAAGAAAUUGAGUGAAAGAAACUCUGUUGUUAUAAAUCAUUCUGAAGUGAAAAAAUAUAGCUAUAUUUGAUCUCAUGAAUUCAAAGAUACAUUUAUCUAGUUAAAACAUACCUAUUCUUACUAGAGUACCAUAUCAAAAUGUCAAGAAAAAAUGUUAACUAGCUAUCCAAUAUCAUAUUUUGUCACAAUUGUAUUAUUUUUUAUACAAGAAAAUGAAUAAAUGGAUCAUGUACAUUGAAUAAUGCAAAUAAUUCUUUCUCAGUUUUUAUUCCUAAUUUUUAUAUCUAUAUAUUGUUUACUGAAAUGCUAAUAAUCCAUUGUUAUAUUUACAUACAUUUUUUUUUUACAUUUGAUAUUUGCUAACAUUUGACCAAUGCAUAUAGGUGGUGACACUGGUUGUUUUUAUUUUUAGUUUACAAAGACACACAAAUGUUUUUUUGUUCUGUAUAAUCUCACACUAUCACUAUGACAUUGUUUUUUUAUAUACAUUAUACAGGAUAUAUACUUUAAAAUACAUAUAUAAAAGAUGCUUUUACUUGUGGGGUGUUUUUUAUUUAUAGGCUAGUGUAGCAUUAGCAUUGUCAAAACAUCAAAAUUGGCUUUCUAAAGACUAAAUAGAUUCUUUAACCAGAUCUUCAAUCUGAGCAUAUUAGUCAGCAUGCCUUCUCAACCUAUAAUGUCAUCUGACACUUGCUGCAGCAUUUUAAGAGGUGUAGGCAUUUUAAAUUAUGUAAAGAAAAAAAAUUACAAACUGGCCACUAGUCCCAUACGAACUAGUUUUGUACUAACAUUUAUACAUUUUGAUUUAUUAAUGUCUUAAAAAAAAACAGAACUAUGAUAUAUCGACUCUGUUACCCUUUCUUAGCUGAUAAGUAAGUCUUCAUAAAUGAUUCAUUUCAUGAUCAUAUGACUUUUUGUUUCUCUUUUUAUUUAAAAAUUUGUGACAAAUUUUCAAGCAUUGCAUUUGUAAAUUGGCUUUCAUUAGAGAUUGGUUUCUUCAUAUUGAUCUUGUACCAAAUUCCACUUAUUAGUAAAUAUAAUAAGUAAAUAAUUAAUAUGCUAAAUUCUUAUUACUAUAUGAGUGCCAUAGUUUGUGUGUAAGAAGAUUGUAUUUUUAUUUAUUUUUAUCUUCAAAGGGACUUAAAUGAUAAACAACUUACAAAAGUUGUCUCCCCCCCCUCAUGAAACUAAGUCACAUGAUUGUAUGGUAGUUGCGUAGUUCUGGCACCUUAGUUGAAUUUGUUAUUAUAACAUCAUUUUGUUAAACACAUAAAUACACUCAGCAAGGUUGAAUUGUGGGAACAACUGGCAGAGCUGUUUAAUGAAUUUAAUAAUAGAGGCCAUGUUUUAUGUAUUUAUAUUUUCUGUGAACAAUUCAUUUUGAAGUGCGAUGUUAUAGAUCAUGGAUACAAAGUUUUGACGUAAGGAAGAGUUAAAGAAAAUGUUCUGUUUACUUAAAAGUUGAAUUCAAUUUGUUCUGAAGAUCAGUUAAAAAUAAGCAGGAAGAGAAAGAUUACUUUCAAAAGAGAAAAAUUGUCAUCACAGCAGUGUGAUUGUACACUGGAUUAUUUUAGAACUGAUUAGCUUAAGUCUGAAUUAAAGACUGAAAAAUAGCCAAGGCAUUAACAAAGAUACAUCAUUGUCUUUGGUUAUUUGAGGUGUAUCUGUCUAUUGAUCAAUUAAUAUUGAACUAUUAUUAUUUAACUAGGGGUUUGUCUUUAGUUUUAUUGGUUUUGGUAAAGUUGAAUUUCAAAAUUUAUUAAAUGAAAUUAAAAAAUAUUAAUUUAAAAAAACAAAAACAAAUGAUUAAUAUGUUUUCAACAAACUCAUUCUGUCCUCUCAUUUAUCCUUAUACUUUCUUAAUUUCCAAAUAAAGUUCAACUAAAUAUGCAUUUGAUCUGGCAUAGUAGGCCUAAAAACAAAUACACAUGAAACUAAUUAUUUAAAAUAUUUGAGAUCUAAAAAUCAAAGUAUGUAUCUUAAAAUGAAUAGUAUAACAUAGUUUUAUUCUAACUUGUUAUAGAUUUUUUUUUUUUUAAAUGUGUAUUUUGUCCAUUGAUUAAAAAUUGUAUUCUAAAAAUAGUGGAGGCUUAGACAAUUUUGUUAGAAAAGUGUGUUAAGCCAUUUUUUAAAAUUUAAUUAAGUUUCUAAAUCUGAUAAUACAAAAGUGUACUGAUGAGUUAAUUUUUAGAGAGUAUUUGUGGCUAACAGUAUUGCAUAUUAAUAUUAAAUUUAGUUCCUAGAAGGGCAAUUACUUUUGUUUUUAUUUCCAGCCUUUAUCCUUGCACAUUUUUAAUGCAAACAUAUCUACAGUACAUCUCAAUUUCUGAAUGUAAUUAAGAAGUGUUUUAUAGUUUAUUAACUUAGGUAGUUGUUUUUGUAAACACUCUCUUGUGUUACUAUCCAUUCUUUUGUUUUUUCUCAAACAUAAAGGCUGUAGAUUUUUUUUUUUAGUCCUAUACUGGUAAAGUGAAGCAGACUUAAGUGUUUCACAUGUUAUCAGACUUAAAUGUAAGGGUAUACUGUGCGCAUGGCCAUUUAUAUACAUCUACAUUCUACAUCACAUUACUGGGUACUCUUUUCUGAACUAUUCAAUUAAUUCAAUUGUAAUGAAAUUCUGAGGAUUAAACCUUUCCCAUGCCAGACCAAUACUGAACUUGUUGAAAUAGAUGUCACUCUAGUACCAAACUACUUUAUCCACUGAAAAUUCACUGUAUGUCUGUGUAUUAUGUUUCAUGUAAUCCCAGUUCUGACUCUCAAUUACAACGCUUUUAGAUAUCUAUUUCAAUUUUAAAAGAAACAUCUAUUUGAGAUUCAUGUGAUCUUUUACUUUAUACUGAUUUAAAUAUAUUUUUUUUUGCAGAAGAAAAUAAAGCAAUUUAUUAAUCUGAAAA